ACCUUUGAUCAAUAGAUUUUAGACAAAAGUGGUUUUUGAGUCCAAAGAUCAGGGCUGGGUUGACCUGCAGACUGGAUACAGAGUGUAUAAAAACAGGGGCAAGGCGCAGGCUGAUAGCAGAGCAAUCGCCAAGUCUGUAAUAGCUGCAAAGGCUCAGCUGUAGGCUGCCUGAGGAGCCAGGGAGUAAGGAUGGAGAAAGGAAUGGAUGUGCUCCAUGACUUUGGAAUCCAGUCAACGCACUACCUCCAGGUGAAUUACCAGGACUCUCAGGAUUGGUUCAUCUUGGUGUCCGUGAUUGCAGACCUCAGGAAUGCCUUCUAUGUCCUCUUUCCCAUCUGGUUCCAUCUGCGUGAAGCUGUGGGCAUCAAACUUCUCUGGGUAGCUGUGAUUGGAGACUGGCUCAACCUCGUCUUUAAAUGGAUUCUGUUUGGACAGCGUCCAUACUGGUGGGUCAUGGACACCGACUACUAUAGCAACACCUCUGUGCCACUGAUAAAGCAAUUUCCAGUUACCUGUGAAACUGGACCAGGGAGUCCCUCUGGUCAUGCCAUGGGUACAGCAGGUGUAUACUACGUGAUGGUCACAUCUACCCUUUCUAUCUUUCGGGGGAGAAAAAGGCCAACCUACAGAUUUCGGUGCUUGAAUAUCCUUCUGUGGUUGGGAUUCUGGGCUGUGCAGCUGAACGUCUGUCUGUCCCGAAUCUACCUUGCUGCUCAUUUCCCCCAUCAGGUUGUUGCUGGAGUCCUGUCAGGCAUUGCUGUUGCUGAAACUUUCCGCCACAUCCAGAGCAUCUACAAUGCCAGCCUCAAGAAAUAUUUUCUCAUUACUUUCUUCCUGUUCAGUUUUGCCAUUGGAUUUUACCUGCUGCUCAAGGGGCUGGGUGUGGACCUCCUGUGGACACUGGAAAAAGCCAGGAGAUGGUGUGAGCGGCCGGAAUGGGUUCACAUUGACACCACACCCUUUGCCAGCCUUCUCAAGAACGUGGGGACCCUCUUUGGCCUGGGGGUGGCUCUCAACUCCAGCAUGUACAGGGAAAGCUGCAAGGGCAAGCUUAGCAAGUGGUUCCCAUUCCGCCUCAGCUGCAUUGUGGUGUCUCUCAUCCUCCUGCACCUCUUUGACUCUUUGAAACCCCCAUCCCAAACUGAGCUGAUCUUCUACACCUUGUCCUUCUGCAAGAGUGCAGCAGUGCCCCUGGCAUCUGUCAGCCUCAUCCCCUACUGCCUUGCCCGGGUCUUCGACCAGCCAGACAAGAAGUCUUUGUAAGGCAUGUGGAGUCUUCAGUAUUCAAGCCAAUGACUGUGCCAAUCAUCGAGGUGGCUGGGGUCUUGUGCCAGCCCAUUUUGAGGCCAGAGGUGCUAGAGUCAGCUCAGGUAACCCCUUCCUCCUUUGCAAUUCUAAUUGUAUUGGGUGGGGUGUUUGUUUUUUUGUGUUUUUUUGUUUUUGUUUUGUUUUGGUUUGGUUUUUUUGGUUUUUUUUUUAAAGCUAAUAAGGCUAGUUGAGAAAGUCUUAUCUGUUAGUUGGGGUGUUCUGGAUUUUUUUUUUCCCCUGAAAACUUACUUGCUCUUCUUUUAGAUACACAAAAGCAAGGCUUCCAGGUAGGGCCAGCUCACAAUCCCAGGCUGGGGAUCUCAGCUCAGGAUUUUCUACCUGUCCCCAUCCUUACAAGAAAAGGGAAAGGAGCAGUGGAUUUGAUAGAGAAAGAAGAAUGGAUUAAGAAAGACUUCUUCGUAUCCUGCAUAUCAUGCAAAUUAUGUUACACAAAAUCUAAAUCGCUUUGAUUAUAUUUGAAUUUUUAGGUAAGGGACUCUCAAUAGUGGGGGACCAACUUAAAGCAUAACUAAUAGGUAGUUAAUGGGGUAAUUCUGCUUCUUCUAUGUUUCUACUAUAUAUCCAUGGUCUUUGCAUUUACCAAGAUUUCUGAAUGGCUGCAGUGACCUAGAUUUGUGCUGGGUCAGAGCAUUCAGAUAUAGUCAGCUUCUCUAUCACACUACAUCUUCCUCCUUGUCAGCCUAGCUCUGCUUUCCCUAGAACUUUCCACUGGCUCUACAUCCUGCUGGACACAGAGAUGCCUAAAGGCAGCUCUAGGGUAGUGCUUUUGUAUGGUUUAGUCAAGCUCUGAAAUCUUGGGCAAAAAGGUGAGGAGAGGGCAAGGAGAGGAAAGGAUUCCUCUCUCCAGAAGGUCACUCCAAUGUUACUUUUGAUUCCUAGAGGGUAAAUAUGACUCCUUUUUCUAUCCCAAGCCAACCAAGAGUGCUCUUGGAGGAAAAGCCAGCUCUUCCUUGCCUGUUGUCAAGUCUCAGCUGAUUUGCAGAAUAUGUCUUUUAAAAAUGUUUAAGCCUAUUUAUUUGAGAGUCCUUGUUUUUGCUACUAAUUAUAUAGUUCAUCAUAUAUUACCAUUCACACCAACCAUCGUGGUCAUAACAUCUUUGAAAAGAAAAAUAUAUAUGUGCAGUAUUUUAUUAAAACAACAUUUUAUUUAAGAAUGAA